GAUAUGAAAACGGAUGGCGGAGGCUGGACUCURGUGUUUAGCUAUACUUUCACAAACUACGGCAGCUUCGGAUCUGGUUCAAAUGCAGUGACCCCCCAACCGACCUGGCMAUCUAGUGGUGAUGUUSUAAAAUCUACCACUCCUCCYCUCAAUGAAACUCAUUACGCCGCCAUUGAUUUUAAUACAUGGAAAGAGAUUGGAAACGAGCUCAUGGUCAAGUCCAACAUCAAUCACUKGAUCAAGUGUCAAGACCGUACUGGUAGUCUAGUUAACUGGAAGAAGGGGAGUGUCACGUGUCAAAUUGUCAAAAACGUUGCUUCUAAGUGUCAGAACUACGUCCCUGAUUCCUUGACUUUAUAUACUUUUGGGCCAGCUUUCAUACGAUCAAGUUCUGCCUACUACUUCUUCGAAAGCUCAACGACAAGCGGUAACUGGCCAACCCAUGAUCCUUGUGGAGCCAAUCAAAAGAACCAUUUGGGGGGUGUUGACAGUCCCCAUGGAAACAUCUACGUACGUUAAACGACCACGGCUCUCAAUUUAUUUAUUCAAACUCGCAUGGCAUGUAUAUGGUUAGC